AUAGUUUCGGUCUUGGGACUGUGGCUGGCCGUGUUGACACAAGUCGCGGUCCGGGAUCUGGCAACGACCACCCAGUGGAGGGUGAUGCUCGGUGUGGGCAUCAUCCCAUCCCUGAUUUUAGGGGUGGGGAUGACGUUCAUGCCCGAGUCCCCCUGCUGGAUGGUGCUGCGAGCGAGGGCGGCGGAUGCAAAACUCGUCCUGCAGCGGACACUGAAGGUUGCAGAUGACGUCGAGGACAUCCGCGUCCUGGCGAUUUGGCGGGAGCUGCGUCGGCCCCUGAUCCAUCUGGCCCUGAUGAAGCGAAUUUCCUCCAUCCUCCUUGUCCAGAGCCUCCACCAGUUGUCAGGGAUAUAUGUCCUGACAAGCAAGUCCCUGCUGACCUUUCCUCGCGACAGUCCGGUGUUCAGUCCGAUGGAUUACUUGAUGGAGCAGCUCCUACUUAUGUGCGGGAGGCUGCUCCCGAUCUUUGGGCCCUUGUUCGUGUCGGACACCAUCGGAUAUACCCUACUCGUGGCCUACAGUUUGGGGGCGGCGUCCUUCUCGAUAAUCUCCGUCAACAUGUCCUCAGCAUUCCUGAACUACAAGGUCGGCAACCUGAGAGCGGCUACCGUGGGGAAUAAGUGGAGAGUCACGGCCUUCUUUGCGUCAUUCUCCAUCGGCUUGGGCCCGAUGACGACGGUGCACACCUCCGAGGCGCUCCGAUGCUCGGACGUGGUCGAACGUGCCCCACUGGUGUGGUACAGCUUGGCUGGGGCAGUGUCCUCGAUGACGUUCAUCAACAUGUGA